UGAACAUAUCAUGGAUGGGAUAGAAUCUUCCAUCCCGAUAGGUAUCUCAAGAAGAGUUCAUGCCGCCUCAAUCGAAUAGAGAAUUAUUCGCUUGUGCCCUUCGACCACUCAGAGCCAAUCUAUUUUUCGAUAAUAUCAGCUCUGACAGCAUCGAUGAGAGAAAUAUUACUUGAUUUUCUGCGGGUAAUUCCUCUGUGUGGCCUUUUUUACUUUACUUAUUUUCCCCUCAGACUAUUGUUCGGGGAAUUCCAAGCAAGGGAAGCCGGUUCCACUGAUACACACAUUAUUGUGGGCGUCUUAGAUCUACCCAAGAUUUGAACGUUGUAUAGAUCUCAUGCAACGAAAUGCAAGAUUUGGUUUUAUGCGGUAUUCCCAAGGGAAUGGUCCAGGACCCGCGGUGGGCCAUCGGGACCCGGCAAGUCGUCACCACUGUCACAUUCGGCUCGUGUUAGUGACAAUUGAGGAUUUAAUGGCAAUGAAUUACAAGAUACAAAUUACCACCCUAGAAAAUUAUGUACUUGGAGCCAAUAAAAAGAUGGGAUUAAAGAUAUAUCAAUCUAUUAUCUCUGCUAUAGAUCUGAGCAACUUACACCAAAUUUAUGUUCAAUUGGGCUGCGGUACAAUUCAUACAAUCUGAUUUUAGGAUAAUCAAUUGAAUGAAAUGGAAAAUCCUUUUUAGUGAAAAAUUCAUUGACACACGGGAAAAGGGUUAUUUUCCCUCAUCCCAACAAUCUUUCUGUCAGGCAGUGUCAGCUCCUCUACCAAAUCGGUUGCCAUUUCGAGUAUGGCGUGUUAGUGGCGCCCCUCUAAAGCCUUUUUUUCAAGGGUAUACGAUCGAUUUCGGUACCCUGUUAUAGGUCUCGUGGGUUUCUCAGCUAUCAAGGGCUAGCAAGGGCUAGCAAGGGCUAUCACAACAUCACCUCAAUUAAAAAUGACCAAUUGGUUCCAGUUUCAAAUAAAUCUUUGUGAAGGGAUUGAGAAUACUAGGGAAACCAACACUUCGAGAAUUUUCU